AUGUUUAAUAGACCCGACAAACAAGCAAUAGUGGCAGAGAGCCAGGGCCUCCUGACGAAUCUUCCCGACCGUCAGCAGUCGAUUACAUCGAUCUCUCCAUCGAGGUCCCAGCGCCAGGUAACAUUCCUGAAGCCGGCGGCCAAUACCAACCUCGAUAGAAAGGCUUCCAUUAUCGACGAGAGCACCGGCAUAACUAGGACUCAGAUGAAAGAGUUUCGUGAAGCUUUCCGUCUCUUCGACAAAGAUGGUGACGGAACUAUCACGAAGGAGGAGCUCGGGAGGGUAAUGCGUAGCCUCGGACAGUUCGCACGCGUCGAGGAAUUGCAAGACAUGCUGCAAGAAGUCGAUAGCGACGGUGACGGCAACGUAAGCUUCGAAGAGUUCGUCAGCAUCCUGUCCAAAUCGAUGUCCGGCGGAGGGGGAGGUUCAAGUUCGGCGGAACAAGAGGAGAGAGAGCUCCGUGACGCCUUCCGCGUGUUCGACAAACACAACCGCGGCUACAUCUGCGCAUCAGAUCUGCGCGCCGUGCUGCAGUGCUUGGGCGAAGACUUGUCCGAAGAGGAAAUCGAAGAUAUGAUCAAAGAAGUGGAUUCCGAUGGAGACGGCCGUAUAGAUUUCUUAGAAUUCGUGAGGGCCCUAGGUGAGCCUGAGGAUGCAUGCGACGAUGAAGAUGACGAGGACGCUACCGAGGGCACCGACAUCCAGCUGCCUAGACCCGUCGCAGCUAUAUAA